AAAUGUUGAUACAACUAGACUUGUGUCUCUUGCUGGAGAACAACCGCACGUAAAAGCGUCUAAAACUUAGGCAGUGCGCGAAAAAGGAAUAAACGCAUUAAAGUUCCCAAACAGCAAGGUGACGUCUUAUUGACGUUUCUAACGUCAUUAGGACAUCAUUUGACGUUACCUUGAGUCAGGAAGCGUCUACUUUUCACGGGUUUGCGUUAGGAGAAAAGAUUCACGAUCGAGUCCCUGCGGAUCUUGGUAGGUCGCGAAACGAUAUUCAAUAGGAAAAUUUGUUUCUCGAGAAUAUCCCCCCGUAGCAGUCCCUGAGUGGCGGGCAACCUACCCGCGUGCGAUGAACGUGAAGGACGUUUACAUUAGCCGGGCGCGCGCACGAGAUAGCGAGUGUCACAUCUGCCGUAUUCGUCAGCGAAGGGACGUCGUGAACGGCGUUGCGCCAGCCAGCUAACGAACCAACGGACAAAAACAAAAUGUUCACGACGCGCCGCUGCGUGUUUACCAGCGGCAGCCGCGUGGUGACGACGUGACGUUCUCGUUCAUGCCUUGUUGGUCUCGCGCGCAUUGCCUCGGCGGCCGCAAACGAUCAGCCGUAAGAUGAUGAUCGAGAAGUUGCUGCGGCGCGAUGGCGGUGUCCUUUAACCGGUACCUGAUCCUACCGGAGAUCGAGAGAAGUGAGUCUGGUGCUGUCGUCGGUGCCUCUGCCGCCGAACCGGAUGGCGAGCGUUCUUACACAAGCGAGACCGUCGCUCUUCGUUGCUCGACCACCGGCGGCACCGCGACGACCACCGCCGUGACGCCGGUGACGGUACCGUUGUGCGUGCUAGGCGAAGUGCAGCUGCGUUUCCUCUGUCCCGACGACCUGGAGGAAGUGCGUUCGCUUUGUCAGGAUUGGUUCCCGAUAGAUUACCCUUACUCAUGGUAUGAAGAGAUUACAAGCUCCUCGAAGUUCUACGCACUUGCGGCAGUAUACGGUGGAGUGAUAAUAGGACUGAUCAUUGCUGAGAUCAAGCCGUACACCAAGCUGAAUAAGGAAGAACGCGGUAUCUUGUGUUCCAGUUUAGGAAAGGAUUGUCUAGUAGGUUACAUACUUAGCUUAGGUGUGCGUCGCGCGUACAGGAGGAACGGGAUAGCUUCGUUGCUCCUGGAACAGCUACUGGCCCAUGUCACCGCUCCCGAACGUUCCUCGGUUAAGGCAGUCUUCCUACACGUACUCUCCAGCAAUGUUCCCGCUAUACUGUUUUACCAGAGGUGCCACUUUCGACUGCACAGUUUCCUUCCGUACUAUUAUUCGAUUCGCGGCAAGUGUAAAGACGGCUUCAUGUACGUUCUCUACGUGAACGGUGGCCAUGCGCCGUGGGGUAUCUGGGACUGGGUGCGUCAUUUGGCCGGAGCGAUGACCAAUCUCGUGCCGUGCAGAGUGCCGCGAUGGAUCUGGCAACGUCUUCUGUGGGCGACCACCGUUCUCUCGUAUCACAGAUGAUAUAUUUUGUGAUUUAUUAUGUUCUUUUAUGUAUUUAUUUCUUCCCUUGAAUUCUAGAGGUGUUGUAUGUAAAGUGCCAUAAAUCAAUCAUUUUUACCGACGGCUUCACGAUGGAGCCUGUCCUCUCUAUAUGAUUUCGUUAGGUGGACCCCCGCUUGACUACGAUGUGACGUACGAACGUACAGAACGAACGUAAUACAGAAACGGAUGUCGUGUCCACUGCCAACUUGUAGUAAUGCGAAUGAACAUUUACAAUUACAUUUGUCUAAAAUUCGGGAAGCAAGGCCUCAAAGUACUUUAGUAUGGCUACCGUUACCAAGGAUCGUCAGAAGAGUCGAGAAACGUAUCGGUAUUAGAUGAUAGCGUGUUAAAAUACUCAACAUACAUAACUGCCAAAAAUUUAAGUUGACGUAAAGUCUGUUCUUUGUCGCUGAACGAGUGCACACUUUUAGAACUUGAAACAGACGUAUAAAUGUGACCGUGUAAAAAAAAAAAAGAGGAAGAAAUAAUUAGUGCAGGCAGUUCAGCUAUAAAGAACAGACCUAUAGUUAAUGUGUUGAAUUUUUCUUCCAUCGUUUCUUAUUGAUACAAGUCUAAAUUGUUGUUACUUUGAAUUUAUAGAAAACGUUUUUUGAACAUACUUUUAUUUAACGCAAUGCGCAAUCAAAGAAGAUGAUUUAUCGCUGAUGUUUCUUUGCAGCGAUUUAUAUAUGUUGCAUAUUACAUCGAAAUAAGAGAUGUAUGCACAGAAUGAAACGGGCAGUAUAUUUUCGAAUCAUAAAUACGUUAAACAGAAAUCUUCCUAUUUAAAGACACUUUACUGAAGCAUCUUGUAUGAGUUAUCUAUUAUAUAAUGUUUACUUUAAAUGUUGAACACUUUGUUGAAUAGUAAAGCUUAUAAAUUAGUUGAAUCAAUUAAACCUAACCAAAUUGAACUUGAUCAACUUUAAAUUUAAUUAAAAUUAAUUUAAAUAAAAUUAAUUAAUUAAAAAUAAUUAAUUAAUUAAAGCUGAUUUAAUUAAAAUUAAAUAAAAUUAACAUUUAAAUUUUAAUUUAAAAAUGCACCUUUUACGUACUAUAAUCGGGAAUAACCCAUACAAACUCGGGUAAUAAGAGAACAUAUUUUUCUCGUUUCAGUUUGUGUAUAUAUCCUUAGAGAAGCACUUUAAUAUUUGUAUUUGCCCUUACAGAACUGUUUUAGAUGAAAAUGUUUUGUUGUCUUCUUUACCAACGUUAAAAAGAUGACAUUUAUCGUGAAAGCGUCAAGAGUGAACUUAGAAAGAAAAUGAACUGUGUGUGAAAGUGCGAUGUGAGUGCGUGUGCAGAUGAUAUUUAUAUACAUAUAAUGUAAAUAUAAAUAAAUAAAUAUAUAUAUAUAUAUAUAUAUAUAUAUAUAA